GGAAGGGCAGACUGAUUAAGCCGGUCAUUGACAGAAAUGGAAACAGAGACCGGAGAAAUCGAAGAAAAACACAACGAAGCCAAAGCGUCUCCGUCUGGCCCGAAUCCGACCCAGAAAACUGUAAGGACGAAGGUACCGGAAGUGGAGAUUCAUCUCUACAGACGGGGCAAGGGUCCAAUUGACGUGUUCAAGUCGAGUUUAGGAGGUUGGGACCAGGACCAGCUCGAGGUCCGGGACAUACUCGACAAAUAUGGUUUCAAGUCAAUCCACGCUUUCAAUCCCCAGUCGGGUCGUGGGGCGCCGAUUCGGUUUAACCCAAGGAAUGGGAGGUCAGUUCUUGGUUAUAAAGAUGGAUCGGUUGCUUAUAUCGACGGAGAACCGAAGGAUUCUUUGAUCAAACCCAUUACCAGAAUCUUGUUUGGCAUAGCAGUUAUAACCAUUUUGAUAGCCCUGGUUAUGAAGGAAACUCCGGAAUGGAUGAAGAAAUUAAACAUUCUUGGUGGGGACUUUCCGCCCUGGAUCUUGGCAUGCAUGGUCAUCGUAUUUACCCGCAUGAGGAAGAGAACUAGAGACUUUUUUAAAGCGCGCGGGUGGUGAAACUUGACAUUUUUAUAUUUGGGUUGUGUAGGAGUGAUGAGUUCGCCAUUCCCUGUAGCUUCUGCGAUCCAACUAUUGUCGAGUCCACAUUUUGCAUUUGAUAAAAAGAUGUUUCCAUUAAAAAGCAAGCUGCCAUUUGGAAGGCUUAGCUGCUCGGCUCAGCAACAAUUAUCUAUCUAUCAUGGUGGAGUAACAUAUAUAUUGAUUUUGUCUUCAUAAUUUUUGAUAAUUUUACAAAGUAUGUAUUUUUACAAUGUUUUUCUAUUUUUGAUAAAACGACAUCGUACUUUUAUAUGUUAAAUCUUAAAAAUCAAUUAAUUA